UCCGGUAUCGAAUGCUAUAAUCCACUCGAAACUGUUGAUUUGAGCCAAAGAAGUAAAACAGUUCUGUUGGGAUUUUUCAAGCACAUUCUGUGGCCAUACAGAGGCUUGUUUUGCACAUUACAAUGCAUGCUCAAAUUAAAGGUGGUUUCAGCGUGUAAAGGCACUUUUCUAACUUUUGAGCCCCCCCCCCCACUCCCAUUCCAAUACAAAGCUCCUGUCUGUGACAUGACUGCAAUUCACAUUUUGCUCCUUUUCCUCUCCUGCACAUGGUUUGUGCGACAGUGUGAUGGGGCGUGUGCGGAGGUAGACUCGGACACAGAGGCGGUGGCGGGCCGAGGCUUCAAACUGGGCUGCAUCUCCUGCAAGAUGAGGAGUGAAGUCAAAGCUACUGCCACUGUUGAAUGGUACUUCAAGGCCAGAGGAGAAGUUGAAUUUGUGCAGAUCUACACCUACGGUGAGAUGGGCCCCAUGAUCGAAAACGAAAUCUUCAUGGACCGUCUGGAUUGGAACGGGAGCAAGCGGAGCAACGACAUCCAAGACGCGUCCAUCUAUAUUCUCAACGUCACCUUAAAUGACUCGGGCACAUACCGCUGCUUCUUCAACCGCGUCCUGACCUACAGCAACUACGAGAACACCACCGUGAUCAGCAAAGUGGUGCACCUGAACGUGGUGGCCAAAGCCACCAGAGGUACAGCCUCCAUCGUGUCCGAAGUCAUGAUGUACGUGUCCAUCAUCGGCCUGCAGGUGUGGCUCCUCAUCGAGAUGAUCUACUGCUACAGGAAAAUAGCGGCGGCCGGGGAGGAAGCGUUAAGAGAAGCCGCGAAUGCUGAAUAUUUAGCAAUCGCCUCGGAAAGUAAAGACAACUGUGCAGAUGUGCAGGUUGGGGAAUAGCCAAGGCUUCACUUUUGGACCAAACUCAUAUCUCCCUUUUUUUCCCCCCCCCCCACCCCCGCUAACUGCAUGAAACCAAACUUGGGGAGGGGAACAGACUGCAUCCUCAUCUCCAUCCCAUUAUGCAUUAAUUCGCCACGUCCUUGAAAGUAUAACUCACGGUUAAGUAUUAUGUUGACGUUCUGGAUAUUUGUAUGACAUGCGCAACACUGCCUGUGGUGAGACUGUUGAAGUCGAUUGUACAAGAAAGCUUUUUACUAACUCGUCACCUCUGAAUGUCUGAUUUAAUAAAAAUAAUAAUAAUAAUGUUAUGUUAUUUAAAAAAAAAACAGAAUGUGGAUAGAUUGUCUUUCCAAUUGAAUUGCUGGUACGUUCAAUGAUACCUUCAAUGUACGAAUAAAAAAAAAAGAAAAGGACAAAAGUCAUG